CCACGACUUCUGCAACCCUGAAUGAAUCUGGCAAACGGCCAAGUGUGGAGAAUACCUCUGGCAGAAAAAAAGCGAAACGCGCGUUGCAUGAGUUGCCUAUGCUGAAAAAGCUUAUUGAGGAGUUGAAAGCAUCACCAAGUGCUGAUCAUGAUAUUUCAAUAUCGUAA